AUGGCCUACCAGCAAUUGGCCGUUCUGGGCUUCAAGACGACAAGCGAAGAAGCCAUUCAGUGGCUCAUGACCAGGCAGCUGAGGAGUCUUGCGAAAAAGAAGGGCAUCGACGAGUACCCUUGGCCGCUACCAUUGGCUGAGUUUUCUUCGGGAAACCCGUCCCCCGGAUACGCCUUGUGGUUCAAGCAACAGGCAAGCGCAUCCCAGCCUACGGCAGCUGCUGCCCAGCCUACGGCACCGCCCAAGUCAACGGCACCGCCGACGUCAACGACACUCGCCGCUCGAGCCGACCUCGGCCCUCCGAACCGGAGUGCGGAGGGCACAAAGACGAGAGAGGUCUCUGACAACUUCUACAUCCGGAAGAAGGCAUAG